CUCUUCUCGAGGGUGCCCAGUCUUUAAAAUGCGCAGCAGAAGGUUACCGUUGGUGGCGGCUCCAUUCAUUGUCCUGCUAUUAUUGGGAAGCUUAUACAUUGGACGCGAUCGCCUGUCGUGGUUCCCAAGCUCUCAAAGGCGCCCGAUCCCAUACAAGCAGCUGUCCAAGGAGGUUAUACACAAUGGCUCUAUCCUACCGGCGGAAACCAUUAGCGAGUACCUCGAGACCAUCUACAAUGUGAAGCAAUUCCCAACACUGGAGAAUCUCGAGUGCCCGGCUAUCAACGUCACACGAUACAAGUCGCUCAAGUCUGGGAAACCAUCGCCGAAACGACCGGCACCCUCUUCUCCUCCCCCAGUUCCAUCCUCAUCAACAUCUCCAUCAGCAUCGUCGUCUCUACCUCUGUUUUCAUUGCCUCCUUCAUCUCUGUCUACAUCCUCGCCCUCAUCUUCAGCUCUAGCGUCAUCGGCAUCAGCAUCUUCAUCUCUCCUAGAAUCUUCUCCAUCAUCACCAUCCAGUACUCCUGCUUCUCUUCCUCGUUCACUCUCACACACAAGGCCCGCCGACGUCGAGAUCCGUUACUUCUUCGCUCUCGACUUGAGGAACUGCAUCGGCCUACUCCCUCGUCUCAUUGGCAGCAUCAUUGAAGUCAUUCAGUUCCUCGGCCCUCACUCAUGUGCUCUCUCUAUUGUAGAGGGAGACUCCCCUGACGGCACCGGGGAUGUGCUCGCCGCUCUACGACCCAGCCUUGAGGCGCUGGGCGUCACUUACAUCUACAACUCUUCCACCGUCCACUCGGCCGAAGGCAACCGCAUAGCCAAGCUUGCAGCGCUGCGCAACAUGCCCCUGGAGCCCAUCUAUCAAAAGACUCUGCCCAUUUCCGACGACGCCAGCGUCAUCUUUCUCAACGAUGUGGCGGCGUGUCCCGAAGACAUUCUCGAGCUGCUCCUGCAGAAAAAGGACCUCAAUGCCGACAUGACUUGCGCCAUGGACUGGACGUAUUCCGGCGACGAUCCCACUUUUUACGACGUCUGGAUCGCACGAGGAAUGAAUGGAGACUCGUUUUUCCACAUCCCGGCCAGCGGCAAUUGGGGCGAAGCGCACAACCUCUUUUGGAAUGCGCCGGAUACGAAGUCCCGCUUUGAGCAGCUGCGCCCUUUCCAGGCGUUUGCAUGCUGGAACGGCGCCACCGUCUUUAGCGCCCAGCCGAUUGCUGAGGGCCUUCGCUUCCGUACCAACUACGACAAGACGGGAGAGUGUUUCCAGGGCGAACCCGUCUUGUUUUGCAAGGACAUGUGGUGGCGAGGCUACGGCAAGAUUGCUGUCGUACCGAGCGUCAAUCUCGAGUACAGCGUCAAGAACGGCAGGAGGCUCAAGCAGCUCAAGGGCUUUGUCUCCGAUAAUGUUGUCAACCACGACGCGCGAAGCGAUAGGAUUGAGUGGGCGGGCCCUCCAGAUACGGUGCGAUGCAUGCCGACGUGGAAGGAUCAGUUUUUCCAGCGGUGGAACAAGAGCUUGACGCCGUGAUGAGUUGGAGCAGGGCAAGCAGAAAUAGCCAUUGGCUAAAGUAAAAUAAUAUAUAAUGUAUAUCAUAUAGACG